AGAUUGGCCGAUCUUCUCAUAUGUCUAGUACUAGCUACAUGGAGUUGUUACUACCCUCGAGUCUUGAAACUCUGGUUGUAAAACAUUGCCAAGGACUAAGGGAAUUGCCUAUUCUUCCUUCUAGCUUGGUGUAUCUGAAAAUAAUUGAUGUUGGGCUAACCAAACUCCCAGUGAUAGGCACGUUCUGCAACGAGACCAUUGAGACCAAAUCAUCCAAAUGUCUUGACAUCCAAGUCUGCAGUUGCCCAAGUUUGACGUCACUUGAAGGAAGUCUUAUUGAUCAAAAGGAGUACUCAAAGAUUUUUCGUGACAUACACAUCAGCAAUUGUGGACAUUUGCAGUCUUUGUCUUCAACAUUUGAACAAAUGAAUGGGCUUAGACGACUUUACAUCCAAAGCUGUCCAAUGUUGACGAUACUGAGAGACACCGAAGAUAAGCUUCUGCCAUCAUCACUUACUGAUCUCACUAUUUGGGAUUGUGGAGACAUGGAACGUCCACUACUUGGGUCACUGCAACAACUCACCAAUGUCUCCUCAUUGCAGCUUAUACACUGCUCAAGACUGGUAUCCCUUCCUUCAGCAGACGUGUUUAAAAAUCUCAGAUCUCUUAAGGACAUUUAUAUAGCCAACUGUGAAAAUUUGUCAUCUUUGGGUGGGCUUGGAUCCAUUCCAUCCCUCUGCUUGUUGAGCAUAGCCAGUUGCAGCUACCUUGAAGAGGCUGUGUCUUCCCCAAGACCAGAAGGAUCUGCUUCAGAAGAUGACCAUCUGGUGUUGCACAAAAACUCCCUGACAAUCAACGAACUUAAAAUUGAUCUCCCAUCCCUUCUGCUUGUUGAGCCGCUUAAGAAUCUAUGUCACACCCGAAAACUAGAAAUUGAAGAUGGAACGGAGAUGAAGAGCUUACCUGAGCAAUGGCUGCUACAGAACAAAUCGUCCCUCCAAUACUUAUGUAUAUGCAAAGCUGAGUCAUUGGAAUCACUCCAACCGUGCAUGCAAGAUCUGUCCUCUCUUGAGCAAUUGCACCUAUUUGGUGCUAGAAAACUUCGAUCACUUCCGUAUCUCCCCUCCUCCCUGCAGUACCUUGGUAUCAAGGAAUGUGAUUCAGAGCUGGAGGAGAAAAGUAGAGAGAAUGGAAGCCCUGAAUGGAAUAAGAUUUCCAUCAUUCCCCGCGUGCAAAUAGGAAAGUCAUGCUUCAUCUUGGGCAAAAAAUGCAGAAAGAGGACUUACAAAAGACUAAGCUGUAGUGAGUAUGAGAAAUGCCAUAGGCACCGCUAG